AAAAUAUUUCAAUGUCACCUUUAAUCUAUAAUAUAUUUUACCUUGUUGACAUUGAAACAAGUAACUAUAGCAACUAUAAAGCAACCAAUUAUAAUUUUUUGUAUCAUCGACAAUGAUCCCUUUUCCGGGAUAAUAUACUUAGUUUAAAGUUGUAUACAAGAUUUUAUUUUAUAAAUAGAAUACGUUCUAUUAACUAAUAUCUAACAAAAUUGUUCAAAUACAUAGUUUUAUACUAAAACCUUCUAAGUGAUUAGUUAAAGGUUCAAGGCUAUUGAAUAUAAACUAUUAUUAUUUAUUAAUCUUCAAACAUAAAAGCGUUCGCGUCUGAAUACUAAUAAUAAUAACUACCUCAUACAUUUUUCAUUGAACUCUCGAGGAAGUAAAUAUAAAGAAAAAAUUACUGCAUUAACAUUACCCUAAAGAAGCAGAGGAACCUUUUCGAGGUUAUUAUUACUUACUUGUAUACUACAUAUUUUGAUAACUAUGCACUAUUAAUAAUUGUAGAUAAAUAUUUGAGUUAGGAAAUAGUACCAAAGCUAUUUAAGAAUACAGUAACAUACAACUAAUUUUAAUGUAAUGUUUAAGAAUACUUGGUAGAAGGGAAAUUUGAUUUUACAAAAAGGUCAAUCAAUAUUUUGUAAUAGGAAACCUGACAUCUCAAUUAACAACUUAAUAAUUAUGUGUUUCUUAUAAUGUACUCAAAUGUCCACUAUCAUUACUUACGCCGUAUGAACAUUGCGUACAUAUUGGUACGUUCUAAAACAUCAUUUAGUUCUAGACAAGUAGAGCAGUGUGUAUUAGUAUGUUUUAAUUGAACUAUUACACAGUCCGAGCAUUCAAGUAGUUCCUCAACGUGUUAAAAAUCUUUUCAUAUUAAAGUAUAUGUUAAAUCCUUUUACUGUUAAUUCCAUAACAACAGUGUUUCACAAGUUGAUAUAUUUACAAUUCAUAGAAAAAGUGUGAAUUUAUGUUAUUGUAACACAAGGUUAUAAAUAAAAUAUCAAGAGACUUCGACGACUUACAAAUGACAUCAUUAUUGUAUAAUAAAAUUGGUUUAAUUUCUAAAAAAAAACCUGUUAAAGUAAUGAUCAUGGGACAACCAGGUGUAGGAAAAACAGCACUUCUUGUUAGGUUUGUGACAAAAAAGUUCAUUGGUGACUACGACCCCAAUUUAGAAAAAAUGUAUUCGUGCCAAGUAAACAUGGAAUCGGAAAUUGUAAAUUUUGAAAUUUUGGACACAGCGGGAUAUGUACAAGAUAAAUCUUGCAAUCUAGAAAUCAAUAUGCGUUGGGCUGAAGUAUUCAUUUUAAUGUAUUCCAUAACAGACAAGUGUUCGUUUGAUGAUUGCAGCAGGUUAAAAUUUUUGAUAAAUUACAACAAAAAGAAGCGCCGGCUUUCAGCAAAAGAUCAUACAACCGAUGUACCCGUAAUAUUAGUAGGAAAUAAAGCGGAUCAACAAUUUGAUCGAAUGGUAUCAUUUGCAGAAGGUAGAAGACGUAGUCAGGAACUUGGUUGUAUUGCAUUCCAUGAAAUAUCUGUACGAGAAAAUGUGGAUCAAACAUUCAUAGUUUUUAAAGAAGCUUAUAUGACAUGGAAAAUUUUAUCAAAAUAUCCAAAAUUGAAACGUUCAUCAAGUGACCAUGGUGCUGAGGCGUUGUUUAACUCAGCUUCAAAAUUUAUAAGUUGGCCAUUAGUAUUCGGAGAAAAUAUGUGUAGUUCAAGUCGUCCAGAAGAUGCCACAGAGUUUAGAGCCAGAGCUUCAACUGAAGGUCAUAUGACAAUGCGAUCUGAAAACAGUGUAUCUAGAUAUCUACCAACUUUGUCUACUAGAAGUAGUAUUUGCAGUUAUUUAAAAAGAUAGUUAAUUGAUCAAUAAUAAAAAUAAUUAAAUCACUUAUUUCAGAAAAGGAAUGAAUUAAUUUUCAUCAUUUUAUAUUAAGUAAUCGUAAAAACAUCUUUUUUUGUAAAAAGUAGUUAAGUCAGAUUCAGAAUUUAGAAAUGUGACCGACCAAAAAUGUUUUUUCCUGGCUUUGUUAGUAAUAUUAGUGAACCUUUUUUUUAUAGGUAAUAUUUCAUAUACAGUGUGAUUUACUUAUCAUGAUACACUUAAUUAAUCAAAAAAUAAAAAUAAUUUUGUGGAUUUUUGAGUUAACCAUUUUUUAGUUUUAAAUUAAUAAUAUAUUUAAUAUAGUUUUAAUUUUGAAAAAAAUAAUAUUAAUAACUUUUUUAUUGGUUUCUUUUGGUCACCGUUUCUUUGAAUUUUUCAAUCAUAUAGUUCUUUUUUGUCCAUCCCUUAUACUUUACAAGGGAGUCCAAUUUAAUCUUUUAAAUGGCAACACACAUAAUUAACAAGGUUAUUUAUUGAUAACGAUCUAAUUAAGAAAAUAAUUGGUCGAUAACAACCUAUUUUGGAAGUUAUUAACAAUUAAAAGUAAUGACUGAAGAUGAAGAGUGGAUGCUUCUAUUUAUAUAACUAGACAUUUCCCGACUGUAGUUUCCCUUUCACCUAGAUAAAAAUAUGUCAAUAACUUCCGAAAUACUGGUCCAAAAGUUUUUAUAGACCAGUCAUUUUUUUAAAUAGAUCAUUAGAUCAUCUAUUUUAUAAGCUAGUUAAUUAUGUGUUGCCAUUUGAAAAAUUAGAGUUGACACUCAUAUAAGGUAUAAGGGUUAAACAUAAAAAUAUCUUUACGAUAGAAAAAUUAAGGAAAACACUGAAAAAUAAAUACAAAUAAAAAAGUUAUUAAAAAAUUAUUUUUACUUUUCAAUAAAUUAUGUAGUUUAUUAUAAGUGAAUCACUCUGUAUAUAAUAAAAAAAAACAUACAUCUCUAUAACCUUAGCCUAAAAAUUCAAUAAAUAAUUCAUCUGAACAAUUAAAGACAAUAUGGUACCAUCAAUAUUUAAACGUCAUAAGAACUAAAUAAAAAUGGGAAUAAAUUAUUUUGAGUUUUUAAAGUGAAAACAAUUUAAAAAAAUAAAAUAAAUAGCACGAAAAUAUUAUGAGUUAUUUUCACAAAUUUUAGGUUUAAAAACUUCUAAACUACAAUUAUAAAUAUC